AUGACGGGCGGCAUGGAUGUGAACUUCCUGGGCCAAGUUCGGAUUGUGCGUGUUGUGGCGCCACACAUAACGGCACGACGCUUCGUGCGCGUGGUGAACGUUGGCAGCAUGGUAGGGAAAGUGGCCAUGCCUUCGGUGGCACCCUACUAUGCGUCGAAGGCGGCGAUGCACGAGGCGACUGAUGCGCUGCGUGUGGAGCUACGACCCUUCGGCGUGCACAUGGUGAAGGUGGUGCUUGAUACCUUGCGGUCAGGGCUAGGGCGUGCUAACACAGUGCACCUGGCAAGGCAGGAAUGGUGGUUGUACGCUGGAUUCGCGGCAACGAUCGAGGAGUAG